AUGAGUUCGGGACAUGAUUUCUUCAAUCACAUGCGGACGAAGCUUCGACAGUCUCGAUCCAAUAUGCAAUUGUCAGCUACGCCCGCACCUCGGCCACGGACAGUAUACUGGGAGACCGCUCCAGUAGGCUAUGGGCCAGGACGAAGCAGUGAAGAAAUGUCUGCUCAAAUGUUCAACACACACUUGCCAGGAAAUCCUCGGCCACGGACAACGUCGCCCGCUCCCACCUCGCGACCAAAGCUCUGGGUCGAUACUAGCGGCACCAUCUACCCCAAUACGUCGCAGACAUACAACCGCCGACCUGCACGGGCAGUCCAUACCCCUUGGCCGCCCAAGGCUAUCGCACCCAAGCCAAAGAUACAACCACAUGACCAAGAUAAGAAUAUGAGCGUAGAGAUUGCCGUUGCUCUACCUCCAGAAUACCUCGAUCCUCCGCCUCCAUACUUUCCACCACCACAGCCCACAACGAACCAAGACUAUGCGACAAAGGCGCAGACAUAUCGUAGAAUGCAUGCCACCCGGCAGUAUGACCCGCGGCAAUACGUUGCGUAUGACCCUAAUAAUACAAUGAAGCACUCUAUCAGCAGCACCAGACAAGGAAUUGUGGAAGUUCCCGCUAUCGCGCUUCCCCAGGCACCCACUCCUAUAUCAUCGAUUAACACUGUCGAUCUUCAGUAUCUUGCGCUCAGGCGAUCGAAUGGCGAUGUCACGAUUGACAGCCUUCUAGACCACCCCCUGCUGCGACGGCCAGGCUGA